AUGUUUUAUUCAGCAGGAUUGCCAUUCACUUUAGCAAGGAACCCAUACUUUCAAGCAGCCUUCACUUUUGCUGCAGAUAAUAAUAUUGGAGGUUAUUUGCCACCAGGAUAUAACUCCAUGCGAACCACUCUUUUGCAGAAAGAGAAGGAAAAUAUUGAUAGGUUAUGUGCACCUAUUCGAGCUGGGUGGAAAGACAAGGGUGUUAGUAUUGUGAGUCAUGGAUGGAGUGAUUCACAAAGGAGGCCACUUAUUAAUUUCAUGGCAGUAUCUGAUGGUGAAGCUAUGUUUUUGAAAUCAGUUGAUUGUUCAGGAGAGACUAAGGAUAGCCAUUUUAUUUUCAUGUUGUUAAAAGAAGUAAUUCAAGAAGUUGGGCAUGAAAAAGUGGUUCAAUUGGAUUUCAAUAUUGUUGGAGAUGUUUCUGCAAUAAAGUACUUCAUAAUGAAUCAUUCUAUGAGACUGUCAAUGUUUAAUGAGUUUGUGGGAUUGAAGUUGCUUUCUAUAGCUGAAACCCGCUUUGCUUCCAUGAUUGUGAUGCUAAAGAGGUUCAAAUUGAUAAAAUGUGGUCUCCAAAAUAUGGUAAUCAGUGAAAAAUGGAGUUUGUAUAAAGAUGAUAAUCUAGGGCGGGCAAGAAUGGUUGAAGAUAAGACAUUGGAUGAUCUUUGGUGGGAUUCAAUUGAUUAUAUACUUGCUUUCACUGCUCCUAUUUAUAAUAUGAUCAGGAUUUGUGACACUGAUAAACCUUGUCUUCAUUUGAUUUAUGAUAUGUGGGAUGAGAUGAUUGAGAAAGUGAAGAAAGCUAUAUACUUUCAUGAAUUGAAGAGGAUGGAUGAGACCUCAACUUUUUAUGAGGUGGUGGAUGGCAUUCUUGUGGAUCGUUGGACCAAGAAUUCAACUCCAUUUCAUUGUUUGGCACAUGCUUUGAAUCCCAAAUACUAUAGUGAACAAUGGCUUAAUGAAGAUUCUAGUCGAGUUCCUCCACACAAGGAUUUAGAGAUUAAUCAAGAAAGACAAAAAUGCUUAAAGAGAUAUUUUCCUAACUUGGAGGACCGAAAUAAAAUAAAUUUGAAGUAUGUGGACUUUGCUAAUACAUUUGAAGAUGUUGGAAUUCUUGAAGUUGCUACUCUUUCACUUGAUGAGCCAGAGAUGGAGUCAAAUGUUAUUCUAGAUGAAGAUGCUCUAUGA